UUUUUUUCAUCAUUCUUCAGAGUAUCAGUGGUGCGGUGAAAUAUUUGCUCGGGUUGCAAAAAGUUUUUUUGUUCUGUUUUUCCUUUUUGGAAUUUUCUAAAAUUCUAAAUUUUUCGAAAAAUUAUUAUUUUAGAAAUUUUCGUUUCUAAAAAGUAAAUGUUUGGAUUGUAAAAAUUAAUUACCACAAAAAAUAAAAAAAAUCCAAGCUCUUUACAAAAUAACCAUAGCCAACAAUAAUGGAACAGGAAGAUUAUCAUGCCCCGCCAAAGAAAAUUGGCAAACAACACAAUACAUUGCCAUUGUGGGGCAAUGAGGCUUCAAUGAAUUUGAACCCACUCAUAUUGGCCAACAUUCAGGGGUCCAGCUAUUUCAAAGUGCACUUGUUUAAAUUAAAAACCUAUCAUGAAGUGGUAGAUGAAAUUUAUUAUCAGGUCAAACAUUUGGAGCCAUGGGAACGUGGUUCGAGGAAGACGUCUGGACAGACUGGAAUGUGUGGCGGAGUCCGUGGAGUGGGUGCGGGUGGAAUUGUCUCUACUGCCUUUUGUUUGCUGUACAAACUGUAUACGCUGCGCCUUACAAGGAAACAGGUUAAUGGCCUCUUAAAUCACUCAGAUUCACCAUAUAUACGGGCAUUAGGCUUCAUGUACAUUCGAUACACUCAGCCACCAGCCGAUUUGUAUGAUUGGUACGAAGACUAUCUACUUGACGAGGAGGAAAUCGAUGUUAAGGCUGGUGGUGGCCAGACCAUGACCAUCGGACAAAUGUCCCAUCAGUUUUUAACUAAAUUAGAUUGGUUCUCCACACUUUUUCCACGCAUACCUGUUCCGAUUCAGAAGCAAAUCGAGAAGCGCCUGGAAAACUUUUGUAUGGUGAACAAGGUGAAUUUCAAUCAGUACAAUAUGCGACCUGGUGCUGCUGCACCCAGUGCUCGAGGUGGGCCAGCCCCUGGACUAGGUGGCAGUGCAAAUCAGUAUGAAGGCGAACGCGAGUAUGUCGAUCGAGGUCGAAGAGAUGAUCGCGAUCGAGACUAUUAUGGUCGUGGUGGUGGUGGUGGUGGCGGCGGUGGUGGUACAGUAGGAGCUUACCGUCCAGAACAUGACGAACGAAAUCACGGCAAUCACGAUUAUCGUAGAGAAAGGGAGGAUCGUUAUGAUCGGUCGCCGUCAAACCGUGACCGUCGUGAAAAACACAAAAAGAAGCACAAACACAAGUCCCGUAGUCGUAGCCGAAGUCGUGAUCGUUACAGAGAGUCUUCGAAAAGUAGCUACCGUGGUGGUGGUGGUAGUGGUGGAGGAGGUAACGAACGGGACUAUGAAUCCUACGAAAGAAGAUAUCGUUAGAAACAUUUUUUUUUACAACCAGUUGUAGAGGAAAAACGAAGGAAAAAAUAACAAAUCAAGCAAAAAUGUUAAGGAUCUACAAUUAGUUUUUAAGGAAUUACAAAUUUGCUAUAUCAUUUUUUAUUUAAGUAUUUUUUUUUGUUUACUAGCGUAUAAAAUAUUAACAUAGGCGAAUUGUUGAUGCUCAGGUUAAAGUUUUUAACUUUAUGUUUUUAUCUUGCUCAGUUGAAAAAAAAAUCACUAAAAAGAUCACUAAAACGCGCGAAUUAGAAUAAUAAAACAAAAAUACUGAAAUUAAA